UAUGUAAGUCACAAGAACUCCUUUCGUAACGCUGAGGAACUGACUACAUUAGAUCUAACAGAAACUACAAAACGCUAAUCAGACACAUUCAAGUUGUUUAGAAGCCAUUCCGUAGCGUUUUAGAAAAAGCAGCUAUGACUUUCCUCAAGUUCCUUCUAAUAGGUCUCGUUUGUUACAAGGCUGAGGCAAAAUUCGUUUAUCCCAGGUUUGAUGAAAUCAACAUGGCGAGAACUUUGGAUGAGCGCUCGGGUAAGAUGUAUCCAGUUUUGUGUAAUAUUCGCAUCCUAACAAAAAAUAACCUACAAUAUAAAACAGAUUUCUAAGAGCAAAUGUUUUUCCUUUCCUAGUGAAAGAAUUUAUUUUCCUUUCAUGAUGCCGCGUUGUUAAACUGCUUUAUGUUGUUAAUACAAAGUUUAACAUCUGCUUUGGUGUUUAACUAUAUUCAGCACUUGUCGGAAUCUAGGUGGACGUGAUGAUUUGUUUCGAUCUUGACAUACACAAACGUUAAUGCCUCAUGGCGAAUGAAAUCAUGUAUAAUGGUACCUUAUCUGUGAAAAGUUAGGCGUUUAAUUUACCAGUUUUUCUUAUCAGAGAAACAAAGUCAACCGCCCAUGAAUGAAACUAAUAUCAGUAUGUCAUUCCAUAUUUUUAAAGGAGUAGUGUUUCUCAUGUGUUUUUCUUGUUUUAAAACAACUGAACACUGAAGUAUCUGAUGACCACUCUAUUUUUUUUCUAUAUUUUUUCUUUUUUUCCCGAUAUUUUUCGAUAGGCACUGUGAGUAUAUAAUGGUUUGUUCCAUAUUAUCAAGGAAAGACUUGGCUAGCUCCUAACAGCUAAAUACUUUAAUUAUUUCCAGGAUGAUGACCCAUUUAUUAUACUUAAAUAGUAUUUUUCACAUGCUAUAUGAUGACCCAGUUAUAUACUUAAAUAGCAUUUUUCACAUGCUAUACGUGUGCCUUUUUAUUUUAAACAGUCUUUUCCGGAAAUAUCAUUGAACGAAAUGCUAUCUGGAUAGAGAUAAGGGUAAUCUGCGAUCAGGAGUCUUUUUUUUUUCUAGCUAUGUCUUUCUUUACCAUAUAGUCUUUAUUCAAUAGUGCAUAAUCAGCAACUGAAGAUUUCACGGCCCCUUCCCCAAUUCAACUUUAACGCUCUCCCCCCCCCCCCCCCCCCCCCCCCCAAAAAAAAACACACUAAAAAAACACUUUUUUUUUUUUGGUGGAGGCAACAACUAAAGAUUUGGUGGGGUGUGUGUUGAGAGAAGCAGCAAAAAAAAACAACCAACAAUAGUAUACUUCUUAAAAAAACAUUUCUUUGAAAAAUAGAUAUAUAGACACCACUGAAUGAUGUGAAUAAUAAAAUUAUAUUGUUGUGUUAUAUAAUGGUUAUUUUUGUUAUGGAUUUUUUUUUUUUUUUCGUCUUGUUUUUUUUUUCUCUUUGUUUUUUUUUUUAUAUGUCUCAUAAAAACAACAAUAAUUUCUCCCCCCCCCCCCCACUUCUCAUUUUACACCCCCCCCCCCCCCCCCCCCCUCCCAAAAAAAAUGCCUGAAUUCACAACACGUGUUUCUUGGUGUCGCGGAAACCUUAAGGAAGUUUAUGGGGUGUGUGUAUACUGAGACCCGUAUACAAGACAUCACAUAUCUGAUGAGCUUGAUAAGUACAAAUUUCUGCACUGAAAAUUUGAUCAAGACCUGCUGGACAUGAAGUGUAAAUAAUAGACAUAAUAGUCACUCUGGGGAAGCGCAGUGAAAAAAGGUUUUCUUUUGAUUGGCUCGUUUUAGUGCAAGUUAAGGCAAACCCCAUGUGUUCUGAUUGGCUACCCGAGAUCCGCCGAGAGGGCAAGAUGGGUUUAUCUUGCCUGUUCGGGAUCACCCGCUUGGUCCCUAAAGAACCGAUUUAGUUAAUGGCCAAAAAAUAAAUGGUUUAUUGGUCAAGCUCGUUCGCCGAAAAUGACUGAAUCUCGACUACCUCUCAGUCCAUGAAAAGGGAAAAAACCUGGCUUAUACAUGUAGCCAUCUUCUCGGAACAACCUUGCCCAAUAACGCAUGUCAGUAUUGUCCAAAUUCACUUGCCCACCAUCUUGACCUCACGCUUUGUCAAACACGCAUUUUAUUUGUAUGGCUGAAUCUGUGAGUGGGUAAGGGGCUGUUUUCAUGAGAAAACUCGCACCGGCGCGAGUUUCAUACCGGUAUGACUUUUUUAUUUCGUAUCGGGACUACACGUUGUUUACAUGAUGACUGGGUCAUUUCAUACCUCGUUAUUUGAAGGUACACUUCAUGUUGAUAAAAUAAACGUGAGAUUCAACAUUACGCAUGCGCUACCCGUUCCAGUCUACUGGCAGACCGAUUCACACCGAAACGUGUGGUCGUUUCGUGUUUACAUGAUACCGUUGCGAGAUUUCGUGCCUGAGUGAAAUUCUCGCCCCAGUACAACAACCUGGGUGAACUCACGCCGGGUUGACUCGCGCCGGGAUGACAUUUUGUGGUGGCAUCAUGUAAACAAAUGUAGAGCCAUGAGAGGGAACCGGAGUGGACUCGUGCCAGCGCGAACCCCCGGUGUCAUGUAAACACCCCCUAAGAUGAAGAAUCCUGUGUUCUGAUUGACGUGCCCAUCUUGCCCGCUUGAGAUUUCCGUUAUUGUUAUCGCAAGAAUAAAUCCUUAAUUGACCCAGGCUUGUUCGGUCAAGGUGGCUGGAAAUUGGCCUCGUUCUUUUUUUUACGUUUUUAUUGACCUCGGCCCUCGUCUGCGUCAAAUAAUUAUAAAUUGGCAAUAUCCAGCCAUGCUGACCUCCUGCUUAUUCAAUAACGUAUAUAUUGCAUGCAAGGGGAAACUGAGUAGGUGGACCUCGUUACACAUUUCUGAAUAUUGACACUGAAUUUGCCUUUAGAUGGGUGCAAGUACUUUGACCGUCUUUAUGAAGAAGGCGAGGUCAUGAUCCCAACAACUUCUCGAAAAUGCGAAUAUCUGUGCACCUGUCACGUGUACGAGAAUUAUGAAGGCCAGUUUUUCUGCGAACGUCUGUGCCAGCAGUACACUGACUACAUUUGUAGACCGGGAUGGGAGAGUAAGCCUGUAAAUGUGUCCGCGGGACCCCCCGAAUAUGGCUGCUUCUGUGAGGAGAACCACUGUGUUCCUUCCUUAGGAAUCGACGCACUCGUAGCUCGAUUGCGAUUGCGGUGAACAUCUAGUCAGGUUUGUUAAACUCGAAGUUACCAACUAUUUAUCGAAUAACUAAGCUUUUCAAACCUAAUUAUUCCAGCUAACUCAUCUCAAUGGGUAUCACUGCAGCUACUUAGGCACUAGAACUAAUGCUCUUACUGGAUAUCGGAUAUUGAAAAUUUGCGUUUUUAAUUAUUUCAUAAAUCUGGUGGCCUUUUACCCCAACCAAACUCUAUCAAAGGGAUUCUUUUAUACACGCCCAUGCAACUGACAUAUUAAAACUGUCAUGUACACAGCACUAAAUCUUUCCGGUUAUAUAAAUCAUAAGUUGAUUGCUUUUUCUGUAUUAUUUCGAGUUAAUAAAUUGUUAUUUUCCCUUUUACAGAGUGGAUGAAGAUAUGUGCCCUGUAUUAUCGGCCGACCAAGAGACAAUGAAUUCGACCAAGAAACAGCAAACGUUGUAAUGUAACGCAAAAAAUUCGGAUGAAAAAAAUAAUAGAUAAUAGCCACUAUUAGAUCUACAAAACCCUUUUUAAAAUCCUUUUUUAAUUGUGUAUGUCGAACGAAGUAUAUUAAUACUUUACAGACAAUUGUUCUUCAAAUGCGU